GGAGUUGCGUGGCAAACGUCAAAGUGGCCAAAACAAAGUCUCGUGUGUAUUUUUCUAAGAUUUUCCGUGAUUUUCCAGGUAAAAUGCAAUCCACCAAGUAUUCAUAUGAAAUCAACAGAAAAGUCACCAACGAAAGCAAUGCUGAAAUUCAUGGUCGACGAUCGUACAAGAGAGAUUUGAAUGUUGCUCCAGGAUCUCCUGGUCGGGCAGCAAUCAGAAAGCGUCCUGUGAGUGGAGAUCGCGAGCAGAGAAACAGUGAGCAGAGGGAAUGGGAGCUUGACCGGGAUUUGAACUCAUCGGAUGAUGAAUCCGAACAGAACGACUGGAUUCAGUCUGGUGGCAUUAGAUAUCGUCCUGAAUGUGUAUAUAAUCAUCUUGAUUCCAGCACUUAUCGGCCUAAUAGCACACAAAAGAGAGUUCCAAUCGUUCCAAUGGCUCCAGUGGAAAAGAAUUUGGAUCUGAGUUGGAUUCUAAAAAUUAUGCCAGUGCUGUUGUUGAUCAUUUGUUUGAUCUUCUUUACUCUUAGCAACGCUACCACAAAUCCUGCCCAUCCUGCCGAGACUACAAAACAUCAGGGAGAGAUUGAAGAGAAUAGGUUUCUGGGAAAAGACUGCAAUGACACUUUCAAGCACAUAGCAAGGAAAUUCUCCAACCAAGACGAUAAAUUCUGGCAAUCAAUUUAUAUUGGUCUGAAGGCUGUUGUCAGCGAAGAAUCCCGUCCGAACAUCAUCACCUUCCUGUACAACGACACGAAAUCGCUGGAUGUCUUUCAGGCGAUUGUGGAUGUCACGAAGCAGUGCAUAAAUCCCUCCCGAGAGCCAAUAAUCCUCACGGGAAAUGAACUGAAUCCUCUGCAGGACAAUUACGGGGUGAUAAUUGAGACGUACAAGCCACAGUUGCAAGAGAGCCGAAUUAUGGUGGUUGAGGAUCUGCAGAAGAUCUUAGCUGUCUCCUCGCGUGCCUUCCAUGACAUUUGCGACACGAAGAGCCCCAUUGUGGAGCGCUUCGUGGUGUACUUCACACUCAGGUACACGGAGAAGGACUUGGAGGAAUCCGACAAUGCCAGCCAUCUGGCCAAUAAUCUGCUGAACAGGCUGUGGACAGAAAUUGGUGCUGACACAGCUUCUGCCCUCAUUGCCAGAGUCACCGAUCAGACUCUCUUCCUUAAAGCGCCCUUAUGAGCUCUCUUUUCGCUCCAUUUCCGCUCUCAAGACUUCAGAGACAGCAAAAGACUCACGAGGUGACAAUGUUGAUUGUGAUUAGUUUGUAGUUUUAUUUGAAUUGUUAUUCCAAAUCGCAUAUUGUCACUUCCUUUCAUGUGCUUUCGUUAUGUGUUAUUCCGCAGGCUCUCAAAUAAAGACAAUAAAGAUGAUCAGCGAGAUCUCGAUUAUAGAAUUAUAGAAUUUAAAUAAAACAAUAAUUUGUAAGGUGAUAAAAGGCAGCAAUUGGUUCUUCCGAGACGAUUCUAUUCCAAGAAACGUUUCUCUAUCGAGAUUUCACUGUAUUUAUUACCAUAGAAAUCGACAAAAUGUCUCUGAAAGGAUUAAGAAGUGUAUUUACGGAUGCAAGAAUCAAUGAAUAUAUUGAAAUUACCCAGCAAAAAGCCCGACAAUCAUAAAAAGCACAGGAAUAAACGGUGAUAUUACAAUGA